AUGGUCAAGACUUCCGUCCUCAACGAUGCGCUCAACGCCAUGAACAACGCCGAGAAGGCUGGCAAGCGCCAAGUCCUCAUCCGUCCUUCCUCCAAGGUCAUCGUCAAGUUCCUCACUGUCAUGCAGAAGCACGGCUACAUUGGCGAGUUCGAGGAGGUCGAUGACCACCGUUCCGGCAAGAUCGUCAUCCAGCUCAACGGCCGUCUCAACAAGUGCGGUGUCAUCAACCCCCGCUACCCCGUUCAGCUCCGUGACCUCGAGACCUGGGCCACCCAGCUCCUUCCCUCUCGUCAGUUCGGUUACGUCGUCCUGACCACCUCCGCUGGUAUCAUGGACCACGAGGAGGCUCGCCGCAAGCACGUUGCUGGCAAGCUCCUCGGCUUCUUCUACUAG